CAGUGAUGCAACAUUCAACGCCUGUCCCGACCAACUUGGAAAAUAAUUUGAUUGACUCAUUGACAUCAACCUACGUUUUGCCACUUACACCCUCACAAAACUUGCCGCAUCUUAGUCUAUGCUCUGUAAAGGGAGGAACUAUGUUGGAUAGUGGAGGAUCUCCUGGUGUCCAUUGUUCUGGGCAUUACAUAAUGCCACCAGGAUCUGUUCCUACAGUCGAUUAUGGACCUUCCUUGACAACUACGACAAACCUCGGAGUGUGGGAUACCCCACAAAUUGUACCAGCAAAUCAACGAACAGCAAUGGGAAAAACUAUGUUGGCGAUGUUAUUGCAACGCAAAAUGGAGAUCCUAAAUCAGUUGGAAAUAAUUGUUGGCAAACAGCAGCAGCAACAACUAAUAUCACCGCAAAUAAAAACGAAUUACGAUCAUCAGCAAGAGAGUGAUUUAUUGUCUGCACCCAACAAUUACUCGAUAUGGACCACUGCGAAUAACUUUCGCUGUACAUCCGGGACGGAUCCACCGCCGCCACCACCUUCAUCUGCCACCGCUUCGCAUCUACUCGACGAUGACGGCCCCUUUAUGUCUCCAUUAGAUGUAUCUCCCACAACCUCUUUGCCAUCAGUUAGCAAACAAGCACCCAUUUCAAGACUAUCUAAAACUCUGAUAAGGUCUCCCUAUAACGGAACUCUGCAACAUCUCUACAACGAGGAGGUCGAUCCUACUCCUAUCCCCACACUGUCUACUGCAUUCAGAACUCCAAACUCUGUAACCUCUUGGUAUUAUGGCAGUCAACCAUAUGCAACAAUUGGCGUGAAUGGAAUACAGUCAAUGAUGAGCCCUGGUAGUGGUGAAGGUGACAGCGAUUUCACCAGUGAUAAUCACGUCGCACUCGGCCGCAAUAUCAUUGCACCAGAAUCAUUAUCACAAUUCUCGAGAUCGGAGUGUAUGUCAAAAGAUUUGAUUUUGGAAUCACAGAAAGUAAAGCAGCAACUCAGACAUCUUGAAAAGAAAAUUAAUGACUUAAAGUUGGCUACGCAAGGAGCUACUACUUUCGUCACAGCAGGCGAACGAUUGACACAAGAAUUGCGAAUGAUCGAGGCGGGUAUCAGAGAAAGGGAGAGAGAUGUACGAAAUUGGAGCAAUCCAUACGGUGGUAGUACUGGUACUACUACUAUUCCUUGGAUUCAGCAAUCCACUAAUGAUUGGCUAUCAAAUCAAGAAUAUAAUACGGAUUACAAAACUGAGGAGGAAGAUACAUACGAGGCUGGGAUAGCAAACGAUAUGCGCGAGCUAGAACUGCGAUGGGAAUUUGAGCUGCGCGAGCAGGAAAAACAUUGGUCCAGUGGAGGUGAGAAGGAUCCCAUCACCACCACUACCUCCAUGAAUAAAUAAUAGCACAUCUUUCCCUUCUUUUUCCCUCUUUAGCUCUGUUUUCCUUUCUCGUCCAUUUUUCGGGAAACAUGUAUUUUUACAUGUCAAAAUCAAUCUCCGAUUCUAUCUUCUCUAAUUAAUAUUGAUCGAGGAUAAGUAAAAUUCCUUUAAGUCCAUGAAGGUCGGGAAAUACAUAUAGUAAUCGCAGACGUGCGGGACCUAAAUCUUGAGCAUUUUUCACGUUGAUAAUUAGAAUAUCACGCGAUGAAAAAUUGUAAGAUUUGAAUUCUGAAUAAUAAUUUAUCAAUGGCAUUGAGUUGUCGACUGUUGAAAUUAAGCAACAAUUGUACCACUUGGGGUAGAUGAUGAUUAUGAUUACGUAAACUUUGUGAAAAACGUCAGACUUGAAAUCAUUCGUAUCGUUUACGUAAUUAUAAUUUCCAAAUUAGCAAUCUUCUCGAUUGAUCUCUUGAACUGUCCUGUUGUCUCUUUUUAAUUUAAAAAAGAGAUAAAUGAUACUGUAAAAUUUUUACAAAAGAGAUAUAUUUAUUUUUACGGGAUUUGUUAAAAUUUAGCUUAAUACGCGGUCAGUGUUUUAUAAACAAUGACUUCGCGGAAUAUGUGGGCGCGAAGAAUGUAUUAAUUAACAUAUUUAAUUAUAUGCAGAUUUCGUAUAUUGUACUGAUGAUACGAUAUCAUACAUACAUAUAAUGAAUACACACACAUUCGGAAAGAAUGCUGAUCGCGCUUGACCUGAUCGAUAAGGUUAGACUCUGAUGAUAAUAACAACACGUUAUUACAUUAUAUGCUUAUACAUAUAUUGUAGAUACAUGUGCUAAAGAAGAAAUCGCGUUCCCUUUGAAGGACGCUAUAUUUAUAGAAUUUCUAUAUUCCGGAGACGGAAAGGAAAACGAAACUGCUACCUCGGCUUGACGAUGGUAUCCUUUAUAGUAUCUUGUUUCAAAAUUUGUUUUCGAAAGAUAAUCAGAAUCUUCUUUUCAAGAAUUCUGAUCUUCCUUGUGCCGAAAGAAUGAAAAGAAACGUCAUGCUUAUGUUUAAUUAAUAAAAUUCGAUGUUUAAUAAAUUAUUGUGAUAAAAUUAAUCUGUAUUAAAUUUUCGUGUUGCGCACAAACGUUAUUAUGUUACCUGCAAUAAUACGUAACAUAAUAACUCUUAUAUUGAUCAUUAAGAUUAACAUCAAUUUUAUUAAUUACAUGAAUUACCAAAAUUCUGUUAAGAAUUCGUAUUUCGAAAAAAGUGGAGAUGCGACUUUUGAGGACCGUCUCGAGAGAGGAAAGUCUAGUUAUCCUUUUUAGAAAAUCGUUGCAAUAGCAAUUUGAAAUCGACUCUUUUUUUUUCUAUUUUUACGGAAUAACAAAGAGCGAUGAAAACAAUUCCAGUUUUAGUGGAAGCAAGAUUUUUUUUUUAUAGACAGGAUCUCGUCGAUUCUAUUUUAUAAAUCCUCAGGAGGACAUACACAUAUACAUUAUACAUACGAACCAAUUUCUUUUUUCCAUGUGACACACACGCACAGAGAGGGGAGAGAGAGGGGGGGGUGUAAUUGCGCACGCGCGCGCGCGCGC